GGUGCAAAAGAGCAACGGUAUAGAAUUUGAUCCACAUGAAAAAGCAGAGAAGAUAAUAAAAGAAGAAAUCUGCAGGAUGAGAGAGGAACACAAUGCUGGUGACGUGGUUCCUACAGAGGCCCCACUCCAUACCCUUCGUCCUCGCCUUCUUCCUCUUCCUCGCGUGGAUCUCACUCGCCCUCCAGCGCGCGUCCUACUCCUACGCGCCGCCUCACUCCUCCCACACAGACAUCAGGGCCAACCUCGUCAGGUUCGACGCUUCCGAGGUCGCAAAGGACAAGCGCGGUUGGAUCUUCGACCCCAUCGCUCUCGCCCUCGCUUCCGGCAUCUCAGGUGGAGCAGUGACGUGUGCGUCGCUUCACGUGGGAGAAAUUAGAGCUGGGAACAAAAGAGCCAAUCACAGACACCACCAUUGUAAUGAGACUUUCCUCAUUUGGGGCGCUGCUACCAAGUAUAGGUUGGAGAACAACGAUGAAGAUAAUGGUUAUGCUGAAGUGAUGCUUGGCAGAGAUGAGAUUGUUGUAGCUGCAAGUCCAGUUCACAAAGCGCAUGCUUUAGUGAACAUUGAUUCUAUUCGGAGUAUCUUCUUUAUAGGAUGUCAAGACAAUGUUAUAAGCUAUAAUGCCUCUAGUACUGACUUUAAUGUUUGGAAAGAUCUUUGAACAUUUUUCAUAUUUUUUUUGUUUCUAAAUCUGAAAUGUAUCUGAGCCUCAUGUUGCUGCACAGCAUGAUGAAGUUUUGAUCUAUCAGUUGUCUAUAUAUCUAUGGAGCUUAGUUACAAA